UGUUAUUUGAUGCGAGUACUUGAGUUGCUACUACUUAUUGUUUAUGUAUUUUAAUGUGCAGAAUAUGAUCAAAGACGAAUAAUUGUUUAUAGUGGAAAUGAUAUAUUUGUCUCGUUGCUUGAAUAGAGCACAACGCAAAUAAAAGUUAUUACGUAGUUAAGAUAUCAUAAAUAGAUUAAUUGGAUCUCUUGUUCGAUACUGCAUUUCUGCACACUUAAAUAUAAAUAUUGAUACGAUGUGCAGCGCAUGAGCGAAUUCAUUCUGUAGUCGUCCUAGACUGAGAACCUGUUUUCUUUGUUUUUAGUUAUGGUUUUGUAAAAAGUAGAAGUGGAAUAAAACGUCGGGCAAAGGUGGAUGUGCGGCGACAAGAUGUGGGAAGACGAGAUAGGCGAUAAAAGCGGGGUCGACUCGCCGCAGUAUGACUUGGUGUUCAACGAGCUCAUGCAGGAGUGCAAGCACAGCGCGCCGGGCGCACGGCUCUCCGCAAAAGUGCGAACCACGCUCGAGAGACUGCGGCCGGAGGAGCGGCGCGCGCUGGUGAGCCGCACGCGCGACGGGUGCGCGCCGCUGUUCGUGGCGUGCCGGCGCGGCAACGCCGAGCUGGUGGAGUACCUGGUGCACGUGUGCGCCGCCGACCUGGAGCAGCGCGGCGUGUACGAGGUGCCCGACGACCGCUCCUCGCACUCCGUCACGCCGCUCUGGUGCGCCGCCGUCGCCGGCCGCCUCGAGGUGCUGCGCGUGCUGGCGGACGCGGGCGCCGACCUGAACGCCGGCUCGGACUCGGGCUCCACGCCGGUGCGCUCGGCCUGCUUCAUGACGCACAUCGACGUGGUGGAGUUCCUGGUGGCGCGCGGCGCCGACAUCCACCGGCCCAACCACAACGGCGGCACGUGCCUCAUCAACUCGGUGCAGUCGGCGCGCCUGUGCGCGCUGCUGCUGGCGCGCGGCGCCGCCGUGGACGCGCGCGACAUGCAGCACAAGACGGCGCUGCACUACGCCAUCCAGGAGCACCGCCUGGAGACGGCCGCGCUGCUGCUGCGCCACGGCGCCUCGCCGCACGUGGCCUCGCGCGCGGGCGACGACGCGCUGCGCACGGCCUGCCUCAAGGGCGCCGAGCCCAUCGUGGCGCUGCUGCUGGGCGCGGCGCCCUACAGCGCGUCGCGCCGCGCCGACGCCUACGAGCUGCUCGGCGCCACGCAGCUCGACGAGUUCAACGACGUCGCCGCCGCGCUGGCCUCCUGGCGCAAGGCCACCGGUGAGCUUAUAAAAAGACUAGUUUAA